AUGACUCUGACCAGUCCAAGCAUGGACAACUCCAGUGCUGAGCUGCUGCCAGGAGGAGACUCUCCAAUCAACAAGAGAGCCACAGAGAAUCUUCUUGCAAGUUUGUCUCAGAAUGAGAGAGAAGCCAUUCUCGGUGUCCCUGCUGCUCAAAAUCCAGAGGACCUUAAAAUGUUUGCAAGGUUAUUACACUAUUUUCGAGGCCGGCAUCAUCUUGAGGAGAUCAUGUACAAUGAGAACAUGCGACGCUCACAACUUUUGAUGCUGUUUGAUAAAUUUCGGAGUGUGUUGGUAGUGACAAACCAUGAAGAUCCAGUUAUAUCUGUUUUUCAAUCUGUCUUUCCUUCAGUGUGCUGA